AUGAAUUCAAUAACUGAUAAUAAAAUUAUUACUAAAAAUUCUGAACGGCGUAGGAAAUCAAGAUGGUCAACUAAUAAACAUUUUCUUCCAAAUCUUCCUACUGUACUUCCUCCAGAUUUGACAAAGGAGCAAAUUAAAGCAUAUCUCCUCAAAUUAGAAAUUGAAGAUAUUACAAAAAGUUUACGUUCCGGCGAUUAUUUAUUAGUUAGAGCUGAUAAUAGAUCACCUUCACCAGAACCUGUCUAUGAUGCUCAGGGUAAAAGAACAAAUACAAGGGAACUUAGAAAAAGGCAAGAAUUAGAACAUCAACGUCAUGACAAAAUACAACAAUUAUUAAAAUUAGAUCCAUCAUAUAAGCCACCAACAGAUUAUAGAAGUCCACAAGUAAGGUUGAAUGAAAAAGUUUAUAUUCCACAAGAUGACCAUCCUGAAAUAAAUUUUGUUGGACUUUUAAUUGGACCUAGAGGUAAUACAUUAAAGGCAUUAGAAGCUGAAACUGGUGCCAAAAUUAUUAUUCGUGGUAAAGGAAGUGUAAAAGAAGGUAAACUUUCACGUAGAGAUGGUCCAAUGCCAGGUGAAAAUGAACCAUUACAUGCUUUUAUUACUGGAAGUGAUAGUGAAGUUAUUAAAAAAGCUGUAAAUAAAAUAAAAACUAUUGUUGAUGAAGCACUUCUAAUGCCUGAUGGAAGUAAUGAAUUAAGAAAAACACAAUUAAAAGAGUUAGCAUUGUUAAAUGGUACAUUAAGAUCUGAAGAAAUGCUUGUAAAAACAUUUUGCGGAAAUUGUGGUGGUGAAGGCCACAAAACGUAUGAAUGUAUGUUGGCUCAAAAUGUUACAGCAGCAGUUGUCUGUACAGCUUGUGGUGCAAAUGGUCAUAUAGCAAGAGAUUGUAAAAAUCCAUUACCAGGUGGUGUAGUUGUUGAUGAAGAAUAUCAAGCUUUAAUGAAUCAAUUAAAUGAAGCAAAUGUUGAUCCUAGUACUUAUGUUAUGUAUGCUCAACAAGGUUUGGUUACACAAACAACAGCAACAGGCACAACUUCAGGUCAAUUUCCAAUGGCAGGGGGUACAUUACCAACAAAUCAUCCGGGUUACACACCAAGUCAAAACCAACAGAUUGCUCCUGGAUUUGGUUUUGUUCAAAAUAAUCCACAAAAUGCUACAGCUACAAAUUACCAACAACCUCCUAUUGAUAUGUCUAUGUUUUAUGCACCUCCCCCUCCACCACCUCCUUCUUCAGGUAGUGUAAUGAUGGGAUAUGGAGAUUCAACAGGAGGACUUGAUUCAAUCGAAAGUAUGAAACAAGCAGCUCUUGCAUAUGCUGCCAGACAAACUGCAGCUAAUAAUGACGAAAGUAAUUAA